AGUUUCUCGCGACUCGCGAGUCGGAGUCGUGACUCGCGAGAUAGUCGCGACUCGCGAGAUGGUCACGACUCGCGAGUCCAACAGAGCCGAAAAGAAGACUUCCGCGAGACAAGUCGCGACUCGCGAGUCAAAUUCGCGACUCGCGAGAUGAA